AAAGACAAUUCAGGAAGUAGGCCUACUCUUUGGCGUUGGCCAAAGAUUGCUUAGGCUUGAGCAAAAGUUUGUGGGCGUUUCCGAAUACCAUCGACAUUAUCUAUAAAGACUCUUCUCUUACCUAUACUGGUCGCUUGUCAAGGACAGGAACACACUGAUUGGUAUGCCGUUGAAAGAACCCAAUGGCAUCCUCAACCCCUUUGACCGAGGCCAACACCACCUUUACCCUGGCCUUGUUCAAAAAGAUCACGGAGGAAAACAAGACUGGCAAUGUCUUCUACUCUCCUCUCAGCAUCUCUUCGGCCCUGGCCAUGGUGCUGCUGGGUGCACGGGGGAACACCUCCACACAGAUGUCAGAGGCGCUGCAACAUCAGAAGGGCGAAGAGGAUAUCAACGCCAGCUUCUCCAAACUGCUGAGCGAGCUGAACAAGCCAGACGCGCUGUACUCCCUCAGUCUGGCCAACAGGCUGUAUGGAGAGAAGACUUACCAGUUUGUUCAGGAGUUCCUGGAUGAAACCAGGAAGUACUACCAGGCAGACCUCCAAUCUGUGGACUUCCAAGCCAAGGCAGAGGAGGCCAGGGUGGAGAUAAACACCUGGGUGGAGAAACAGACACAAGAUAAAAUCAAGGACCUGUUGGUACCUGGUGUGAUUGACUCGCUGACCAGGUUGGUGCUGGUCAACGCCAUCUACUUCAAGGGAAAGUGGGACGAGCAGUUUAAGGAGGAAGCCACCAAGGAUACUGCCUUCAAACUGAACAAGAAUGACACUAAGAAAGUGAAGAUGAUGUACCACAAAGCAAGGUUCCCAUUUGCCCUCAUUCGUGAGGCGAAUUGCCAGAUCCUGGAGCUGCCCUAUGAAGGCAAAGAACUCAGCAUGCUGAUCUGCCUGCCUAUGGAAAUUGAGGACGGCACCACCGGCCUGGAGAAGCUGGAAGCGAUGCUGACCUACGAGACCUUCAUGGAAUGGACCCAGCCAGACAGGAUGCGCCGGAGGGAAGUCAAUGUGGGCCUGCCGCGAUUCAAGAUGACCCAGACCUACGACAUGAAAGACCUGCUGGUCAGCAUGGGCAUGGUGGACGCCUUCGACCAGGGCCUCAGUGACUUCUCUGGCAUGUCCUCGGCCAACGACCUGGUGCUGUCCAAGGUGGUCCACAAGGCCUUCGUGGAGGUCAACGAGGAGGGCACCGAGGCCGCCGCCGCCACCGCUGGUGGCGAUAUGAUGUUAUGCCUCAUAAUACCCCCCCGAUUCGUCGCCGACCACCCCUUCCUCUUCUUCAUCCGCCACAACCCCAGCAAGAGCAUCCUGUUCGCUGGCCGCUACAGCUCACCUGAGUGAUGGCUGAGGGUGGGGGGCGGACGGGGCGGGGGGGUGGACACGUGUCUGUGAGAGCCUCCAAUGUGAAGUGCACAGCGCUUGCCUACAUUCAUUAAGUGUUCACUUGUCUUUUAAACUGGAGGAGACCUGCCUUGAUCAGACCGGGUUGUUGCUGCAAAGCUUUGAAAUGUACUUGUUUUUAGUAUUGAGGUAACUCAUGUUGGUGGUAUGCAUUCACAUCCAGUUAAUUGUUGUGUUAACACUGAGUGGAACCAUGGAUUUACUAGCCUUACACACUAGCCUUGCGCUGUAUACCCCCGGUUUGUCACUCUCCAGCCUUAGGUCCCCCAUAUGUAGGCCCAUUCUAAGCUGCUUUAAGUCCUCCACAUAAUAAUAAAUAAUAAUAAUACAUUUAAUUUAGAGGCGCCUUUCAAAACACCCAAGGUCACCUUACAGAGCAUAUAGUCAUCAUAAAUUUUUUAAAAAACAAGACAUUGUGGAAAAAAAUAAAAAAAUAAAAAAAUAAAAAAAUACCUAAUACCUAAAUAAAUAAAUACCUAAAUAAUACCUAAUAAAUACCUAAAUACAUAAACUCCUUUAAUGCAGUAGUUCAGUCAGUAAUGCAGUUUACUUUUCUCUCACAUGCUAGGUGAUGUUAUGUUGAUGUGAUGUGAUGUUAAGUGUGUGAAGUUGUGUUUGGCUUACAAAGACAAAGACUAAACAAACGUACCAAAAAAUUAUGAAAUACAUUUUUGGUGGUUAGUUUCUUUGACAUUAUUCCCCAUAAUAAAUUGCUUUUUUUUUUAUGCACGUGAAUAUGUAUCUUUUUAAUAACUAAUAAGAAAAACAUGCUGCAACAUUUUGAUUUUUGUAUUGACUAGGAAAU